AUUAGCUGGCUGUCAGUUUGCCUGUCGUCUGUCAACGUAAGGCAGUUUGUGAACGCUAAGGCAGACGACAUUUUUUUCUGCUUGGAUCUCAACAAAAACUUCCGGUGACAGAUAGGGAACUUUUACUAUGGAAUUAACGGCGUCCCCUCCGUGGGCAAUAAAUUUUAAAAAUGGAAUUAAUUUUCGUGUAUUAAGUUUAACUAUCGCAUUAUGUUAUUUGUUAUUAUUACCACCGGAAGUGAGUGCACGAGGUCGAAUGAUGGAACCAGCACAGAGAUCCAGUUUAUGGACACGAGGGUUCAGUUCCCCUAUUAAUAAUGAUGACACAGGACUAAACUGUGGGGGUCCAUGGGUUCAACAUGGAAUCAACAAGGGAAAAUGUGGCGUCUGUGGUGACAGAUAUGACGUCAUGCCACGUGAGAAUGAACCUGGCGGUAAAUACGCCAAUGGUAUCAUAGCAAACACGUAUACAACCAAUGACACUUCAAUUUUAGUUGUAAUUGACAUUCAAAGUUCUCUUGGUGGAUAUUUUGAGUUCCGUAUUUGUCCACACAACAAUCCCCACGUGUCAGUACAGCAAGAGUGUCUCAACCAGCACCAAUUACGUGUCUGGGACGUAUUCAACAAAGAACCUAAAUAUAGAUAUUACCCACAAGGCAUCGGUUUGCAGCGACUGCGCGUUGAGAUACCGCGUGGCAUGACGUGUACACAGUGUGUUCUGCAGUGGAAAUGGCAUACAGCUAACGACUGGGGCAAAUGUGCUGAUGGUACCGCCCGGCUCGGAUGUGGCCCACAAGAAGAGUACUACAACUGCGCCGACUUGAGUAUCGAACCUGCAGUCGACUUUUCCGUAGGCGAUAUGAUCUCCCCUAUUAAUUUUGAAGUAGGUUACCCAACGUACGAUUCCAAGAGUAUCGCAGCUGAUACAUCGAUAUCAUUUUUACCCGAGGAGGCACUGAGAUCAGGAAACAUUGGUCCGGUUUUACCUAAGUUCGAUUUCUAUGACCCUUCAGCUACUAGCAAGCCAGCGCAAACAACUACAAAUGAAAUAAAGGCAAAGGAUAGCACAAUUGCACAGACUGCAGAAGUAAAAACUAGUAAAAAUGUUGUAGAACUUAAGUUUAAUGGAAAUAAAGAUAACGCUAAUACUGUUGCAAAUACGGUAUCUCAAACUGAAGGUGCUCAUAACGCCGUUACAUAUGAAAGCGUUGGGAACGCAGGUACAUCUGAAAAUACCAACGUAGCUGUGUCAGGUAUUGUAACCACAGAAAUGCAACCCUCCAAACCCACACCAACUCAAGACUCCACAGUUCUGGCCUCCACUCAACCCGAGGCAAUUGUCUCAACAUCAACUCAGCCAGAAAAGAUAGUUUCAACUUCUUCUCAACCAGAGAAAAUAAUAUCAACUUCCACACAAGCGGAGACAACUGUAUCAGAAACUGCCCCUCAAACAUCAACCAGUGUUUCAAACAAUGAAGUACAGUCAACAGAAGCAGUGAAAAUCAACAGAGGUGGUAUUGCAAUUCCAACCUUUGUUAUCAGCGAUUUAUCAAGCGGUGGAAUGCUUGUGAAGGUCGGUAUGGGAGCAACAUCAGCAAAGCCAACAAAAGAAACUCCUGUGUCAGCAAGCACUGAACAAACUUCAUCUGUUUCCUCUGAAGCACCUUCAUCGACCAUAGUUGUAGAAGCUGCAACGCCCACAGAGCAAGCGUCUGUCAGCACCGAUCAAUCAUCUGUCGGCACAGCCACGGAGCAAGCGUCUGUCAACAUCGAUCAAUCAGCUGUCAGCACGCCAACAGAACAAGCGCCUGUCAUCACUGAACAAUCAUCUGUUGGCACGGUGGCCACAGAACAAACGUCUGCCAGUACAGAACAGCAGACGACAACUGUUGUUGACCAAACGACAACUGGGAGUCAAGCUACAACAACAACACACGAGCAUCCGCCACCAAUUCCAUCUAUACUUAGGGCAACAAGAGUGGAUGCAAAAAUCCCUGCUGAACGACCACUAGGGCGACUUCGCCGCCGUCGUCGUCGACAAGCCAAACCUCCACCGCCGCCACCACCCCCUCCAGCUGGAGCAGAUCCAGGUGUGCCAAGCCCGCCACCAGAGCCGUCACAGCCACAAACUAUGACGUUUGGAGGAUUGAUCGGGGACUCUUUCAGUCGUGGGGCAACUAAAACACAACAUACAUUCAUGACUCAGCAAGAUUUCCAGCAAAGUCUUGAUGUUGCUGGUGGACAGACCAACCCGAUGGCAAACGAAGCUUUGGGCGAAUCAUCAAUGACUUCUAGCUCCAGUUCCGGUUCUCAAUCAUCAAACGCCGCUUCUAUCGCCGUAGAUAUGCAAGGGUAUCCGCCGGAUAUGAUGCUGGCUCCAGGUCCGAUGGAAAUGGGUACCAGCUCAAUGCAGGGCAUGGGAACUCAAAAUAUUAACCAAGGAACAAUUCUGGAGUCAAUGUAUGCCGAACCGUCAUCUGUACCGAUAGGGGGCGCUAUUCAACCUCUGGAUGCUCCAGUAGACGCAAGUCCGUCGGCCUUCAUAAAUCCAGGAAUUCCUAGACCGCCAAAACAGUCAAACGCUGAACUGGAAAUGGCCAUAAGUGGUGCCCCUGUGCUGACGUCAGCUAUCUCAGAUACAAGUCUAAGCCUGAAUCCUGCAGAUAUUGUAGGUGCUAGCUAUAUUCCGGAACUGAGUGAAGGACAAUCCAAUCAGGCCGAGACUUCCACUGCUGCUAGGCAUGGUACAAUGAUCAUUCCAGUGCAGUCUGGUCCUAAAAGAGGAGGCACACAAAUGGAAUACCUUUCUGACUUUACCAGAGGUACAUCUAUGGGGGAGACAGCAGCUGAUACCCAGGCUGAGAUACGCAGUGCCACAAUGAGUCUAGCACGAUUUGGCUACCAGCCAACAGCAGAGCAAGUGCUGUCGGGAAAUAUUGGCAUCCACCAUCCAACAGAAAACCUUGACACUACAAACCUUGAACCAAUCGGGCCAUCGCCCACUGAUACGUCCAGCGCGGUACCCGGUAUCCUCAGUACCAUACUCGGCGGCGGACAAGGAAAAGUUACUGAUGCAUCAUUAGAUCCCGCAGUAAAGAAAACAAGAGAAGAGCUAAUCAGACAACUUGGUGAAGCUAUGGGAGUAAUUGGUUCCGGUAAAAGCUCACAAACAAGCAGUUCGUCUUCAUCAUCCUCUUCUCCUUCAAGUGUGUCAUUUACAUCAGGAUCAAGUUUGUCUGGAAGCAAUGCACAACAAGCUAUAGUUAAUACAAAUCAAGCCAUCGUCGACCCAAGCAUGAGCCAGUCUGUAGGUGUAAUGGACCGUGGAUUGAUGCUGGAUGCAGGUUUGACAGAUACCAGUCAGACUAAUCAAGAAAUUGUAGGCAUGACAGGAAUGAAUGUACCAAAUAUGGAGAUGCGUGGCAUGUUUGGCAAUAUUGUUGACGCAUCAAGUCAAACAUCACAACAAAGCAUCGUAAAUAAAGGUUCUGAAAGGGAUAUGUUAGCUACCUUGAUGGACGCAACUAGUCAGGCUUCCAUGCAACAAGGAACAGGAACUGUUACACAAGGGAGAGGUACAAAUACACAAACUGUUAUUGAUACAGGUUCUCAAAUGGAAAGCAAUAUGUUUGGAACUGCGAUAGAAUCUGGUAUAUCUCAGACUGGCGUUGAUCCUAGUCUUCAACACAUGUUAGAUUCAUUGACUGAUCCAAAUCUAGGUCUCUCUUCACAGCAGAAUGUGGUAUCACCUGGUGCACAACAAAACAUGUUAGACACAUCCGAUAAAGCAUUAAUGCAGACGCAAACCCAAAGAACGAAACAAGGCAUGCUUGAUUCAUCUGUUAAUUCAGCAAUGCAAUCCCAGCAAACUGCCUCACAACAAAACACUGUAGACAUUUCUGGAUCAUCAGUGCAAAGUCAGCAGACUGUAGCUGACUCUUCGUCUUUGUUAGAUUUAUUAGGCUCUUCCUCUGGUACAUCAAGCACUAAUUCUAGAAUUGUACAGGAUACUCGACAACCACAAAGUGCAAUGGACUUUGUAGAUAUGGGAAUGGGUGGUAUGACAAUUGAAGAAAUGAUGGCAAUUUUAAACAUGGAGCAACAUGGCGCAUCUCAAACUAACCAAGGAUCCUCCCAAUCUUUGACUAGCACAAUGACAGGAACGACUGGAAGUUCCAAUACUGAGUUAAACGCGCUUAUGUCUGAUUUAACUGGUGCAUCAACCGAACCUCAAGGUCAACGACCUGGAAUGUCUCAAACACAGUCAAGCUCCACAUCUUCGCAAACAUCUCAAUUGGAUUUGUCUAGUUUGUCAAACACUGGAUCUUCAUCGGCAAAUUCUCAAAUGACUGACACACAGGUAUAUGAUACAUUCCAAAAUAGCGCAAAUAUAGUCGACACAUCAAACACAGCAAUUAUGCCUGAUAUGCAUAUGUUGGAUGGUUCUCAGACUUCGUCUAGUUCACAACCAUCAAUUUCAGAUCCACUUCUACUAGGAACAAAUUCUCCAAAUGUUAUGACAUAUGACUCUCUAGGAAACAAUCAAGCAACUAGCUUCGAUCAAACACUUGGAAGUCUUAAUCUAGCAGCCAUUGAUACUAUGUUGUUGGAAACUACAAACGCAGGUGGACCAACUGUACAAAAGAUAGAUAGGCCCUCAACUGGUGGGGCGUCAUCAACAUCAUCUGGCACAACAACUUUUGAUUUGACGUCAUCUGCUUUAGAUACAUCAUCCACAGGUACAACAACACUCGAUUUAACAUCAUCGACAACAAAUACAGCAGGCGCAGAUACUACAUCGAUUGACUUAGCAUCGUUGGCUACAGAUGCAGCAUCAUCAGGCACAGCAAACCUUGAUUUAACAUCACAGCCUUAUGAUACUUUAGGAUUAACAUCUGGAAGUUCUUCCAUUACAGAUGUCGGUGCAACUUCAUUCACAGGGUCGACUUUAGAUUCAGCAAGCUCACAACAGUUUAUAGACACACAAACUGGGGCACAAUUUGUUGAUUUGACACCUACACCCGCAGAUCCAUUUGAUUUCUCUACAAUGACUCAAGCUGAAAUGGAACAAAUGAUUCAAAUGUACGGUGGUAUGGAAGCAUUACAGCCAUACCUUAAUGAACCAAGUCCUGACCCAACGGGUGCAUCCACCACAUCAGUUUCAACAGGAUCAACAACAGCUACCGCCACUACCUCAACAGUUGUAGACACAACUGCAACAACAAAUCUGCCACAGACUGCCGCUGAAACAUCAGCAGUAGACGUGAGUUCUGCAAGAACUACCAGUGCUCCUAUAAAUGCAGAUAGCGCUGAUAUCACACACAUUCAACAAUAUCUUAAUCCCGCACUUUUUGAUACCACAGCAACUGGAGCAUCGUCAUCCCAAUCGACAACCUCAACUUCAACAAACCUUCAAGCAGAAUCUGAUCUGAAUGCUAUAAUGAACGCUAUAAAUCCAUCAGGUGCACCAUUAGAUCCAAAUGACACUAUCAGUUUAGCUGAUCUUCUUGCUGGCAGGUUCACGCCUGGUUCAACUGCAGCUGCCAACACUCAAUCUACAUCAUACGACACACAACCAGCGCAAGCAUCAGAUAUUGCUCAAGUAUCAAUAAACGCUGUUCAAGGUUCGCAAGCAGAGUCUUCUCAAACUGGAGCUAGUUUUACACCACUUGGACAAAUUGGUUCCGGUUCAGAUUUUGCCUGGGCUGAAGCAUCUUCACAGCCUACAGAACAACCUAAUUACAUAUGGGACCCUGUUCAAAUGCAAUGGGUUGUGUCAUCGUCUGCUGAAGCUACAUCGACUUCUAUAGACCAAACAUCUUCACAAACCUCAGCGGUGGAUCAUUCAGCCUCGCCCGUGUCCCAAACAUUAGUUGAUAAUCAAGUUUUCCAACAGCCACAUGGAGUUUCUCAAUCUGGCCAACAAAUUGUUGUCACCUCUGGUUCCGAAACAUCAGCAUCAGGCAUGACACAAACGGAUGCGUCACUUACAUCUCAAGUGGACCAACCUUUAGUUUCUUCUCAGGUAGACACGUCUAUGCCCCAGAUAGAUUUAGCUCUGCCUUCAACGGUGGACACAUCUCUUUCAUCCCAGACUGAUACAUCUUCACAGGUCGACAAAACUGUGACAACCCAAAUUGAUGUCCUGUUACCUGCACAGAUUGAUACAUCCCUUUCCGGUCAAAUUGAUGCUUCAUUACUGUCCCAAGUUGACAAAUCACUUUCUUCUCAGGUUGAUAAAUCUCUUUCAACACAGAUCGGAGGUUCGUCAAAUGUUAAUCAAGGUACUGUAGAUACUUCCUUAUUUGGCUCACAGAUCUUGGGAAAUGUUGAUACAACGUCAACAUCUUCAUCAGGAAAUGACAUUACAAUGUUCCAGUCAUCGUCGCUUUUUGACAGCACAGGUUCAACUUCCUCAACAUCAGCAGCUGACACUACACAAACUUUUACCACUUCUUCGACAAUGACCGAAAGGACAUCAUCAAAUCAAACUGUAGCAGACUCUUCAGCAUAUGGUUUACUAACAACAGGAGCUGUUGACCCGUCUUUAAACACUGGUAUUGUAGAUGUCACAUCUGGUGGAGCCAGCCAAAGUAUCAUAAAAAAAGAUAUUGGCACGGCCAAUCUUUCUGAUAUAAUUCCAAUAGGUCAGCAGACACUUAUGACCGAAAAGGCGUCUCCAUCAACCCUCAAUGUAGAUAGGUCACCUACUGUGUCAACAGCAGGAUCUGACAAAGUUAUAAUAGAUUAUGCAACAACAUUAUCUCCUAUCGUUAAAACACCCCCAGCACCAACAGUUCUACCUUCGGCAAGAGAACAGUAUUUGUUAAUGGAAGAAAGGAAAAAGCAACAAGAACUACAACUUUUAUUGGAACAGCAACGAAAUGAAAUCAGGCGAAUGGAACAGAUGCGAAGGGAACAACAAGAAAAAAUGGCAUUAGAAAAACAGAGAAUGGCGUACGAAAAACAGCAGCUCGCUUUAUCAAGACAGCAAAUGGAGUUAGAGCUUUUACGCCAAGAGCAGGCCGCUCAGCGAAAGGUCAUUCAGGAGCAAAAGGGUCGUUUAGAAGCAGAAAGGUUACGAAUAGAGCAACAAAGACUCAAAGAAAUAGAAUUGAUUAAGCAACAAGCUAUAGAAUCAGAGAGAAAAAGAAUUUAUAUGGAACAACAGAAACAAAGAGAAAUUGAACUGGCUAGAAAGGAAGCAGCGGAAGCGGAAAGACUACGCCUUGAAGCAAUCAGGAAAAAAGAAGCUGCCGAAGCCGCAGAAAGAGAAAGAAUACGCGUUGCCGCUGAAAAAAGACGUCUUGCAUUAGCUGCUGAACAUGAAAGAAUACGAAUAGCUAGAGUCAAAGCAGAAGCUGAAGCAAGAGCAAGAGUUCUAGCUGAAGCAAAGGCAAAGGCAGAAGCUCGUGCUAAAGCAGAAGCAUUAGCAAGAGCCAAAGCAGAGGAGAGAGCGAGAGCUCUAGCUGAGGCACAAGCAAAGGCAGAAGCAGAAGCUGCAGCAAAAGCAGAAGCUGCGGCAGCAGCAGAAGCUGCAGCGGCAAAUGCAACUUUAAUGGCAAGUAGCGUCACCACAGAAACUAAUGUUUCAAUGUCAUCAAACGAAUCGUCUUUCACGCCAAUAGGGUCAGUAGGUGGUACCGGAGCCGAUGCCGAUGCUGCAACAUUGGCGGCAUGGCAAGCAGUAGUGAGAGCUGCACAUAUAAAUGCAGGGGGAAAUGCUGUUGAUACAAAUGCGCUAAUACAGCAACAACAACAGCAAAUUCUUAAUCCAAGUUGGAUGGGUAUGAUUCCUGGUAUGAUUCCUGUGACACCGGCUCCACCCACAACACCAGCCCCUCCAACUGGAAUGGGAGGCAUUGAUGCUGCAACACUUAUGCAACUAUUACAACUUCAGCAACAACAAAAUAAACCAUCCACACCGGCACCAACAACAACUGCUGCACCAACUACAACACCUAAACCAAAAAGGAAAGUUCCGAUUAGACCUGAUCCUAAGACAAGAGAAUUUGUAAGAAAUAUGUUCAUUGAUAAUAUGGCACCUGGUGUAGACCCCUUAUCUAUUUUAAUUGGCUUGACUCCUGAAAUGUUGAUGAAAUCUGGCGUAAAUCCUUUAAUUGCUAAUAGUGGCGAUUUAGCUAGAAUUGUUCCUGCAGUGGAAAGGGCUCUCGGAAUUUCGUUAAAACCAAUACCUGUACGUCCGGGGCCAGGAGGUAGACCAGGUGUAGCACCUGCAUCGACUGGGUUUCAAACACUCAAUAUAAGAGGGCGCGGUGGGCCAGACACACCUGGGUCUUCCCGAAGAGAAUUUAUGCUUCAACAACGCAUGAUGAAUGAAAUGAUGGGUAUAUUGGGACUUGGUCCUGAACCAUUGGAACCUGGCGAUCCCGGAUAUCAAGGACCAGGUGCUGGUAGAACAGGCGGAAGAGGUGCUGUUGGAGGUCCAAUGGGAGGAAUGGGCGGCGGUCCAAUGGGUGGUAGAGGCCGACCGCUUGAAAUGACUGAUGCUCAGCAAAUUGCUAUGGAAAGACAAAUGGGUCGUGGAGGUGGACCGCCAUAUAGCGGAGGAGGAGGAGGAGGUGGGCCAUAUAGCGGAGGAGGAGGAGGUGGGCCAUAUGAUCCCCACUUUGGAGGUGGAGGAGGAGGAUUUGGCGGAGGUGGUGCCGGUGCCGCUGGAAUGGGUGGAAUGGGUGGGCCUGGGGGAGGUCAAGGGACUUUAACUGCUCAAAUGGAAAUGCUUGGUUUAUAGAAAAUGACACUCUGAAUGAUAUCGUGAACUAUUGUAAUAAUACUUUUUUUUAUAGAAAACAUUGGUGAAAGUGCUACCAAGUAUAUUGUUAAAUGAUAUCAUUUAAAAAUAAAUCACUGUAUUGAACCAGGUUUAUGUGUUCACACUACGAUGUGAUACCGUUAUGAUUGUCAUUAUCUUAUAUCUAAUUGUUCCCUUUCAUUCGGAAUUGUUCGGCAAUUUUCGGCUGAUUCCUUUGCUAAAAUGACGGUAAUGGAAAAAUUCAGCUUUCGACAUACGCAUAAUGCUUGAACAAAACUAAUUUUGAAGUGUCAAAAUAUUAAAAAGACCCAUACUGUAGGUGUUGUUAAAAAAGUUAAAAAUACCAACUUAUUUUUUUUACAUGUUUAGGAACGUUUUAAGUGUUCCUUGUUUAACUUAUAUAUAAAUUUUCAUAUGAUUUUACUACACUAUUCCCUAGAGUAAUUUUAACAGUCUUAACCACACUUAAUAUUACUACUGUAUUCCCUAGAGUAAUUUUAACACUUACCACGCUAAAUGUCUAAAAUAUACUUGUCCAUCUAAUCCAGACAAAACCAUUUAUCAUUUUGGUAAUUUAAAAAUAAGUACUGUUUGAAUAGCAAACAGUGCAGGCCAGAAUCCAAUUGUCUUAUUUAGACCUGCAUUGUUCCCAUUUAUAAAAUUGUUGCCAACUGUAGAGAAUGUGUUAAUUGCUUUAGGGCUGCAUAUUAUUUGAAUGUUCAUGAUUUGAUAAAAGCUCUUAAUUAGUUAAGUUUGCACAUAUCUAUAUAACGUAAAAUUCGAAACAAUAGUAACUACAUAGUAGUGUUUUUUUCUCCUCUUUUUUUACAUAACAUUACUAUCUUUUCAAGUACUAUUAUUAUAUUAAACUUGUGUUCUUUUUAAAGAGACUGUUAAUAAAAUUGGACAAUGAUUGGAGAUGUUCUUAGAGAUAAAAGUCAAAGUUAGUUUGGAGGUGUUAUAAGAAAAGUAGAAUACGCAUGCGCGGGUUUUUAAGUAAUGUCCUCGCACUAUAUAUAGCGUGUUCAUAUGUUAAUAUCAUUCAUAGAAAUUGUAUCAUAAUAAUUAAGAGGUUACCAUGACAACAAUGUUAACAUCAGUCUAGUAUUGUGACAUUGUUAGCCUUACUUUAUUCACAAUUUAUUGUUACUUCUUAGCGGUCUAAUCACAGACAUGUUAAAAUUACACAUAUAAAUUUUAAAUAAUUGUUUAUAUCAAUAUUUUUUGUGUUUUCGAUUUUUACAAAUAUUAAAAUCAGUCAAGUUACUUAUAUAGUUAGUGAAAAGAAUUGGGCUAGAGCCAUGUUUACGAUUUACAUGUAUACUGGCCCUGUCACUAAGAGUAUUUUAAUAGUAUUUUUUUUAAUAAAUUAGAUACUAUUUUCUAUUAUCUAGCUUUCAUUACUUUUUUCUACCAUAUUGCUCCUAUUUCAUUUCUGUAGCAUGUAUACUAUGAUACAUAAAUGUAUGUUUUCAUGAAAUUAAGACUGUGUUAUAUUUUCAUGAAAUACAAGACUGGUUAUCUUUCAUGAAAUAAAAUAGGGUGUGGUAUUUUCAUGAAAUUAAAAUUGAUUUCAGUUUCAUGAAAACCAGAGAUUGUUGAAAAUACAAGACUGGUUAUAAUUUCAUGAAAUAAAAUCGGGUCUGGUACUUUCAUGACAUUAAAACUGUUUUCAAUUUCAUGAAAGCAAAAUAAAAUUAUAGAUUGGUCACAUUUUCAUGAUAUUACAGACUGGUUUUUGUUUCAUGAAAUUCAAGACUGGUUGCAGUUUCAUGACCUGAAAACCAGAAUGGUUUUCAUUUCAUAAAAUUAGGCGGGUUUUGUAUUUUCAUUAAAUUAAAACUGACUGUAAAAUUACGUGCUGGAAGAAGACUGAAUGUUACAAGUCACGUGAUGCUGUUUAUUGUUCAUGGUUUGCCGAAAUGUUUAAUAAAAAAUAAAAAUAUUAA